CAUAAAAUGUCGAAAUACGAUCGGAUCCAGGAUCAAAGAGAAGGUCUUCCCACUUUUGAAUAUAAACAAGAUCUUGUGGAUGCUAUACGAGAGUAUAGCAUUCUCGUCAUAAUUGGUGAAACAGGUUCUGGUAAAACAACACAGAUUCCUCAAUAUAUUUUGGAAGAGAUGCCAGAGUUUGAAAGGAUUGGCGUCACCCAACCUAGACGUAUCGCUGCAAUUACAGUUGCGAAAAGGGUUAGCGAGGAACAAGAUGUCCGGUUAGGAUCCACAGUAGGAUAUACCAUUAGAUUUGACGAUCGCACCAGUAACGCAACACGACUCAAGUACAUGACCGACGGCAUUUUAUUACGAGAGGCGACGUUGGAUCCUUCUUUAAAGCAAUAUUCAGUAGUCGUGAUCGAUGAGGCCCAUGAACGUACGUUGGAAACUGACGUAUUGUUUGGCUUGUUAAAAGAAACACAUCGACUUCGACCCGAUUUAAAAAUCCUCAUCAUGUCGGCCACAUUAGACGUUGCCAAGUUCUCGGACUUCUUUGACGAAUGCCCUAUUUUUGAAAUUCCAGGAAGAACUUACCCAGUACAGGUAAUUUAUCCUGUCGAUGCACCACGUCUCAGCACUCUUAAAUCGGCCUUUGUGGAUCGAGCCGUAGAAACAGCUUGGUCGAUUCAUACCAACGAACCAGAAGGCGACAUUUUAGUUUUUUUAACAGGUCAAAAUGAUAUUGAACGUGCCUGCAAAGCUUUUGAAGAAAAAUCGAGGAAAGCUAAUUAUAAAAGGGAGGUCAAAUUUCACCAAGAUGUUCAUAAUGCAGUUGUAUAUCCUUUGCAUGCUAGUUUGGAGACAUUCGAUCAAAGAGCUGUUUUUGAAUUACCUAGACGGGGGGACCGAAAAAUUGUUUUCGCUACCAAUGUUGCUCAAACUUCAGUAACUAUUCCAGGUAUUAGAUAUGUAGUCGAUUCAGGAUUUGUUAAGGAGAAAUCUUUUGAUGCGAAUACAGGCAUGGACGCUUUACUUGUAACAGAGAUUAGUCAAGCAGCUGCUAUACAACGCGCCGGUCGUGCUGGUCGUACAGCUCCCGGUAAAGCAUUCCGAUUAUACAAUGAAGAAAGCUUCAAUCAUAUGUCACCAAACACCAUCCCAGAAAUCCAAAGAAGUAGUCUGCUCAGUACUGUUUUAUCCCUUAAAAAAUUAAAUAUCGUCGAUGUCUUGAAUUUUGCUUUUAUCGAUCCACCCGAGGAAUCUAUGGUUCGCAAUGCAUUGAAACAACUAUACUUGUUAGAGGCAAUCGAUGAGGAAGGUAAGCUAACAAAAUUAGGUGAUCAAAUGAGUUACUUUCCUUUAUCACCCUCGUUGGCUCGUGUCUUGAUUGCCUCUGCAGAAGAAUACCAUUGCAGUUAUGAAGUAGUGACGAUCGUCAGUAUUUUAGCUGGUGAUUUGGAUUUGUUCAAAACACCUCGUGCAAAAGAUGGAGAAGAAGAAGCCAACAAGGCUGAAUCAUGCAAGUUAAAGCUAGCUCACCAUACAGGUGAUCACAUGACAUUUUUGAACGUUUGGAAAGAAUGGAAGAGACACGAUAAAAGCAAGCAAUGGUGUAAAGAAAAUUAUAUUAAUGCAAAAGUGUUGGAUAUUGCUUCAAACGUAAGAAACCAGCUGAUGGAUGUGAUGGAGAAGUUAAGGUUAAAGAUUGUACGUGGACCUAUACUCAAACGUAAGAUGAAAUCAUCGACAGGAAAAGUACGCCAUCGCAGGGUUGGGGAAAAUGAUCAUGGGGAAAGCACAGAUCCUGUGCCGGUGUUGGAAUCUUUUUUGACGGGUUACUUUACAAAUAUUGCAAAUAAGGGGGCACACAGAUCAGUGUUUUCCCAUUAUGCACCGGAAGAGCAUUUAUCAAGUGAUUCCUCCACUAAUAUCUCUUCGACAGCUUUGGUUGCCUUGCAUUUACAUCCAUUGUGCUCGCUGUCGAAUAAUCUGGAUAGAAAUAACUUGCAGUAUUCCGAAUUAGACUGGGUACUUUACUCCAAUAUCACAUACACAAACAAAGCGGUAAUGAAAGGCGUUAGUAAAAUUCUCUGGGAUUGGGUGAAAAACGGAAAAGGUCAAGAGCGGAUCAAGAAAUUACCUUCCACUAGAUUAAAUGGCGAAGCGCAACCAAAGAUUGAAGAACUUGAUCUUGAAGCGGAAAAAAAGUUGGUGGAGCAGGAAGAACAGAAAAAGGAAUUAGAAAAAAUUGAAAACGAGGCCACCAAAAAACGUAGAGCGGAAGAGAUUGACAUGAUCAAACAAAGAGCAUUGGCUCGACGAAGAACAGGCGCUUAAACUAAUCUCUUGUAUAUAUAUGUUGCCAUAAUAAACUACACUAAUUAUGUUGCGAU